CGUCGGCUACCAGGAAAAAUAGUUGGCUAAGCUUAUCUUCACAGAUGGCAGUUAGGAUAGGGAACUGCGUUGUAUUGUAGUGCGAAAUAUUAAAACGCUAACAGUAUUCAUGAAUUUAUUAACAUAAUUCUUCAUACGGGGUCCGUAUAUUCAUUUUUUAACACAUAAAGCCGCGUUUUACUCGAGUUUAGGUGCAUUAAAUGGAGGAAAAGAAGGAAGACGGAGACUCGGAGAUACAGGAACACGGACCCGAGCACUGGUUCUCAAAAUGGGAGCGGCAGUGCUUGGCCGAAGCGGAGCAAAGGGAGCCGAGCGAGGAGGAGGCCGACAACGAUCAAGAAAAACUGUGGCAUCUCUUCCAGAACUCCGCCACUGCUGUGGCACAGUUAUACAAAGACAGAGUAUGCCAUCAGCAGGGCCUGUCAUUGUGGGUGCCAUUUCAGAACUCUGCAACAGCCCUUACCAACCUCUACAAAGAGAGUGCUGAAGCCCAUCAGAGAAGCUUUGAUCGGGGCAUCCAGAUAGGCCACCAGCGCCGUAAUAGGGACAUGUUGGCCUGGGUGAAAAAGCGCCGGAGAACCAUCCGCAGGGAGGAUCUUAUCAGCUUUCUAUGUGGCAAAGCACCACCACACAGGAGUAGCAGGGCUAACCCUCGGCUGACUAUGGUGGCCCCCAGCCGGGCUAAUUCACCAGCGGAGACUGGCUCAUCUGUGGAAGCAGACCUCCAGCCCUUCAGGGAGGCCAUAGCACUGCAUGGUCUGAGUGGAGCCAUGGCGAGUAUCAGUGUGCGCUCCGGUGCUCCAGGGUCUCCCACACAUGUGAGUGGGAGCAGCAGUAAUGGAGGUGGUGCUGGUGUAGGUGGAUCUUCUGGCUCGGGGCCGGUGUGCCGCAGCAGGCGCAACGGGCUCCAAGACGUCGACCUGAACACUUUCAUCUCGGAAGAGAUGGCACUGCAUCUGGACUCUACAGGCUCUGCCUCUGCUGGAGGGGGAGGAACCAGGAAACGAAACUCCACCCAGUGCAGUGAUGUCAUCACAGACUCCCCUACACACAAACGCAACAGGAUGAUCUGAUCUGCCGCCUGCCUAUGUGUGUGUGAGGGGGUGAGGGAAAAGCCUUCAACGCCAAGGCGAGGAGAGGGGGGAUGGAUGGGCUUAUGUGGGACAGAUGGACAGAUCCCUGGCUGUGCAAAAGAACGUGGGCUGAAAAUGAAAACAGGGACUGAAGGUCUCAGUUCGGUCCAUUUAGAUGUUGAAUGAAUUCUCUUCCUUGUCUCCAUUCCUCACAACAUUACUACAAAUCACUGAUCUGCAAUCAGAACGUUGAUGGGUGUGUGUGUGUGACUGGGAGGUCUGGACGACACCACACACUCCUCAGACAUUGCUGCCCCGGAAAGGAGACAACGAAGGAACUCAUUCUGGGGUCGCAGACCAUUCUCGAAGGGGUGAAAAUGCACCUUGUGCUACUUGACAAGUAAAAGCCACUUGAUCCUUGACACAUUUGUGCCCUUCCCUCCCUUAACCUCACUCAUCCUCACCCACCACCUUAAUAAGGAAGUGAGGGCCAUGAUCAAAUCGUCUCACUCAGCGAAUCAAGUUGCUCGCCAAAUGUCCGACCUGACUCUGUCAGAGACUCACCUCUGCGUCAAACAACCACCUGUUCUAUCUGUUAAUUUAUCAUCGCAGCUCUCAGUUGACAUUGCCUGUCAGUGGCGGAGCUAAAAUCACCCAGUAGGAGCACAUCUGUGACGUCAUCCUGCUUCACUUGCCGCUUGUAACCAGUUACACAUCUCUGGCUACUAGGUUGAUGGCAUGUAACUUUAUUCUUUGCUAAUACUCUGCUUCAACAGUGGCUUGAUUUAGUUCAGCCAGACACCCUUUUUGUUUUUAAGUUCAACCACCAGUGUUAAAUUCUAGGUUUGUUGCCACUGUUUGCAGCAGUGAUAGCCAAGUUAAUUUUGCGUUCUUUCUCCACCUUGUUUUUUCUUUUUGUUGAGGAUAAAGGAAAGGAAUUUUUUUUUCUUUGUGUAUACAGCUUGUCAGACAGCCCGUUUGCUGACUGCGACGCCCUCUCCCCCUUUUACCCUAGUCUUAUUACGAAAGCAGCUGCUGUUUUAUGUGAUCUUGUGAUUAUUCUGAUGAGUUGCAAUAAGGAUUUUUGCACUUAGCUUUCACCUCUAACUCAUGCAAACAAAUCGGCUCUUCCAUUGUAUCCCAGUUGUAGCCUCAUCAAGCCCUCGACAGGCCUGCUUGUGGUCACUCCACGCAUUAUUUACCGGUUGGUGCUUAGAAAAAAGUUGGAAACAGGGCCGUCACGCACACCUCUGGUUCCAGCAACUCUUCAAAAGUGUUUGAUAAAGUUGUGGAGCAUUCCUGCGUGUGGGCUCAGCUCGUAUUCAAAAACUCAAGAGUCAUUUCCUGUCAGACAGAUGAUUUAUUGGAAGAUAAUUGGUGCUGUAAAGAAAGCGUGAAUCACAGAGAUGUUUACAAAGGUAGCAUUUCUCAACAGACCCGCCAAGCAUGCCAGCCAGUGCACAUGAAGAACUGGAUUAUUUGGUUGAGUGUGAGAUUGGGGUGUUGGGACACUGUCUGCUUUUUGUAUAAGGGGCGUGUGCAUUAAUAAGACGUGGAUGGGUUUGAUUUUACUUGGUACAGGAUGAUGCAACUCGGAGCUUGUUUCGUUCUUGAAAUGGUCAUUGCCUUCCAUCCUUAUGGAACGGAGAGGAGACACUGAUAUCACGAGUCAGAAAUUUGGGUUUAUUUAGCAGUUUGUAAAGUAAUAUAAACUGAUGUUAGUGUCGUAAUGAAAGAUUAUUGGAGUUAAAUUGUAAUAAACUCGUUGGUAUAUGCUUUGAUUUAGCAUAGGAAGCUAACAAAGUGUAAAUUAUAAAAAGAAAAUCUUGAGUUGUCUAGUUAUCAAAUCAAUUCUAUAUAUUCUCAGUGAUGCCCUGCCAUAGUAAGUUGUCAGUGAGGCGUAAACACCUCAACUUAACCUGUUAAUACCCGCUGUCGCUGACUUGUAAGAUGUCAAUGUUUCCUGCUCUGUUUUUCCUCCUUUCUGUUGACCUGUUCACUCCCCUUCACCUUUACGACCUGGAAAGUGGGUUUUCUUUAGUUGUAUAAAGCAUGCCAGUUUUUAACUUCUGUUACAGUUUGGUCACAGAUUUCAUUUUUGCGUUAUAGGUUUGCUUUUAUAUUCAUACAUGAUUGCUGGCUUGUCAGUGAGAAGAAAAGAACCAGGCUGAGAUUUGUUUCUUCUGUCUAAAAAAAAAAUAAUAAAGUGUUCUGUGUUUUAGGA